ACAAGCAAGGUGUUUCUGGUUCAGACAGAAAUGGAGCAUCCAAGAAAGGCUUUUGGUUGGGCAGCUAGGGACGCAUCUGGCAUUCUCUCCCCCUUCAACUUCUCAAGAAGGGAAACUGGAGACAAAGAUGUUACUUUCAAAGUGCUCUACUGUGGGAUAUGCCACUCAGAUCUCCACAUGCUCAAGAACGAAUGGGGCAACUCCACUUACCCCUUAGUACCUGGGCAUGAGAUUGUGGGGAUAGUAACAGAGGUGGGAAGUAAGGUAGAAAAGUUCCAGGUUGGAGACAAGGUGGGAGUUGGGUGCAUGGUCCAAUCCUGCCGCAACUGCCAAAACUGCGCUCACGAUCUUGAAAACUACUGUCCACAAAUGGUCCUCACGUACGGCGCCAAGAACGUUGAUGACACCAUCACCUAUGGAGGUUACUCAGAUUUCAUGGUUGCCGAUGAACACUUUGUGAUCCGAAUUCCGGAUGCCCUGCCUCUUGACUGUGCCGCUCCUCUCCUCUGUGCCGGCAUCACUGUGUACAGCCCCAUGAUAUAUUUUGGGCUCAACAAGCCCGGUCUGCAUUUGGGCGUGGUUGGGCUGGGCGGGUUAGGCCAUAUGGCUGUGAAGUUCGCUAAAGCCUUUGGGAUGGAGGUGAGUGUGAUUAGCUCUUCUCCCGGUAAGAAAAAUGAAGCCAUUGAACAUCUUGGAGCCGAUUCGUUUGUGCUUAGCACUGACCAACAUCAGAUGAAGGCUGCAAUGGGCACCUUGGAUGGUAUUAUUGACACAGUUUCUGCGGUUCACCCUUUGGUUCCUUUGAUUGGUCUGUUGAAGUCUCAUGGGAAGAUUAUCAUGGUUGGUGCACCAGAGAAGCCUCUAGAACUACCAGUCUUUCCUUUAAUUAUGGGGAGAAAGUUAGUAGCUGGGAGUUGUAUUGGAGGGAUUAAAGAGACACAAGAGAUGAUUGAUUUUGCUGCCAAACAUGGUGUUAAACCUCACAUUGAGGUUAUCCCUAUCGAUUAUGUGAACACAGCAAUGGAGCGUCUCCUCAAAGCGGAUGUGAAGUAUAGAUUUGUCAUUGACAUUGGAAACACAUUGAAGCCAAGUUCUUAAUAAAUUUACGUCAUUCAUGUAUCAAAGAGUGAACUUAGGAGAAUUAUUUUCUUAAUUAUGCAUCAUGAAGUAUUAAAAUAAAAUAAAAACAGUGGUCCAUGAGUUUUAAAAUGAAGA